CAUCCCAGCAACGGCAGGUUUGAGAAAUAAACAAACGGUAAAAUGGCAUCCAUUCCACAUAUCACAAUUCUCGGGUCCCUCAACAUGGACUUGGUCGCUUAUGUCCCGCACCACCCCCUGCCAGGCGAGACGCUCACAGCAGACAGCUUCGCCACGUCGCCCGGCGGCAAAGGCGCCAACCAGGCCGUGGCGUGCGCCAAGCUCUCGCGGGCGAGGAACCAUCACCAUCAUCAUGAUGUUUCUGGCGGUGGCGGUGGUGCGACAGCACACGUGAGCAUGGUCGGAUGUGUCGGCGCGGACGGGUAUGGCGCGCAGCUGCGAACGAACCUGAAGGGGUACGGGGUCGAUGUCGCGGGCGUCGUGGAAGCUCCUCAUACGUCUUCCCCUACCCCUAUGGAGACGGGCGUGGCGCUGAUUAUCGUCGACAAGCCGACGGGCGAAAACAGGAUUGUGCUGUCGCCCGGCGCGAACCAUGCGCUGCAGCCGGGCGAUUUUGUCACGCUGGACAGGUUAAAAAGGGCUGGCGACGGCGGGCGGUUGCCGGAUCUGCUGAUCAUGCAGUUGGAGAUUCCGUUGGGCACGGUGCUGGCUGCGCUCGAGGCUGCGAGGCGGGAGGGCGUCGACGUGCUGCUUAACCCGGCGCCUGCCAGGAAGCUGCCUGACGAGGCGUAUGUCGGGCUGGUGCACUUGGUGUUGAACGAGACGGAGGCGGCGAUUUUGGGAGAGGUGGAGGAGAGCUUGCUGGAGGAGGAGGCUGGGUUGGAAAAGGUGGCGGGCGGGUUUAUCGAGAAGGGGGUGCAGAACGUGACUGUCACGCUGGGCGGGCGGGGGGCGUACUACAUGAGUCGGGACGGGAGGAAGGGGCUUGUGCCGGCAGAGAAAGCCAAGGUGGUCGACACGACGGCCGCGGGGGACACCUUCGUGGGGAGGUAUGCGCUGGAUGCGGUGAGCAAGAGGGACGAAGCGUUUGACAUUGAGGCGGCUGUGAAGAGGGCGAACAAGGCGGCAGCCAAGACGGUCGAGAGGGCGGGCGCGCAGGACUCGAUCCCGUGGAGGGAUGAGGUGGAAUAG